AUGAAAAUAAAUAAAUAUAGAAAUUAAGAUAUUAUAAUAAGAAAUCUUUAUACAGGAGAAUUAUGGGGUUGGUCUAAAUAAUAAUUACGUUAAUAUUUACAUGAAAGUUAUUUAGUUUUAUUUUUUACUGCUUUAUUUUCACUCUUUAAAAUCACUUUAGGCAUAUUUUUUAUUUCUAAUGUAUCUGCAUUAUAUAUAAAAAUAAGUAUAAUAUGUUCUCCCGUACUAAUUUUAAUUAUAAGUAUAACAUAUAUUUUAUAUAUUUCUAUAAAAAAAACAUUUAUAAAAAUAUAAAAUAUAAUAUAGAAUUUUCCAUAUUUAGGUUUAUAUUUACAUGCGUUAUAAAACGGUCCUCGUAAACAUUUAAUUUUUUCAUUUUUAAAACUAAUACUUUUUGUAUAUAUAAUAUACUUAUCAUCCUUAUAUACUUGCUACUACAUAUUGUUUUACAAAAGCAUUCCAAAAGGUUUAGAUGAAAAUUUAAUCGCAUGUUUAACUAUAUUUGAACUUAUUACUUUAAUUUUUAUAAGAACCCGCUCAAGUAUAAAGUGGUUUCCUUUAUUUUCAAUGUUGAUAAUUUAUGUUUUUUUAUUUUAUGUAUAAAAUACUGUCUACGGAUUUUAUUCUUUAAUCAUGUAGGCAUCUAUGCUUACUAUUUUGGGUAUUUUUUCACUUUUAAUUUGCGAAUUUGAAAUUCCUUCCAUAAAUUGGAAUGAUUCUUAUCAUUUUACACCUUCUUAUCACAGACCUCGAUGCUUAUAUUUUCCUUUAUUUAAUUUAUCAUGGUAUUAUGACUUGCCUUAAUUAUGGACUAUAUUUUAUCCUGUUUAUGCCAGAGAGGCUUUUAGUUAAAGUUAGUUGGCAUUAGUAGAUAGUAAUUAUCUUUUAUUGAAUUAAAGUUUGGAAGAAGCUGAAAGAUAAAGUGAAAAUAAUAUGCUUUUUUAAGCAAACGAGUAAUUUGGGGGAUAGAGAUUAGCUUAAGAAAAUAAUAAUGUCCAAUAUAAUAAUAAUGUUGAAAAUAAUAAUAAUGUUGAAAAUAAUGUUUAGGUUGAGAUAUAAUAAUAAGAAAUUUAAUAAAUAAAUAAUAAUUUUUAGUAGUCAGCAAAUAAUAUUGAAGAAUUUAAUAAUAAUAAUAAUUCGAAUGAUAAUGAUAAAGAUAAUAAAUAACUUCUUUCAGGUUAAGGAUAAAUUAUUGGAGGAUGA